AUUUCUUCUGCGUGUUAAUGAUUUUUUUUUUGGUCUGAUAGUUUGGAUUUCAGUUUUGAUACAUCGAUGUUUAAAUAUUUCUUCUUUUCGUUUUCGAUCUGAUCUUAAAGCCGCUAUUUUAUUCUUCUUCUUCCCCACCCCCCAGUGGAAUAAAACUGCUUCGUAUAUGUAACUGGCCUGAGAAUCCAAGAUUAGCUCAGGAGAUUUGUUUGUGUGUGUAGCGCCUUUCAGUUAUCAACCAAUUUUCAUGUGUGAUCUCGACCUCCAGAUUCCCUCCACCUUUGGAAAUCCCAAAGGAUGUCGAAAACAACAUCGGCUAUCGUUGUUCUCUUCUCCGUCGUAUUUCUCGUGAGUGUAGUCGCCGGACGGGUACCCCACGUCAUCAACUUCCGAUCGGAGAACCUUUUCCCGGAGUCCUUCGUGUGGGACCCAAGGUCCCAGCACUUCAUCGUUGGCUCUCUACGCUAUCCAAAGCUCGUCUCCGUCUCUGACGCCGGCGUCUCCGAAACCCUAAUCUCCGACGAAUCUCUUCCGGCGAACUCGAAGAUCUUGGGCAUCGCUCUAGACCGGAGCCACUACCGCGUCCUCGCCGUCGUCCACUGCCCGCCUUCCGCUUCUGAGCCGGAACCCUUCAACGCCCUCGCGGCUUAUGACCUAAUCUCCCUUCGCCGCCUCUUCCUAACCCCGCUCAUCGACGACGAAGAAGAUGAUUGGAACCCUAUCGAAUCCGUCGCAAAUGACGUCACAACGGAUUUCUCCGGCAACGCUUAUGUCACCAACUCGGGGAGAAAUCUCAUUUGGAAAGUCAAUUUCGACGGCAAGGCCUCCGUGCUGUCCAGAUCGAAGGCGUUCAAAUCGUAUCCGGUGGACGCCACCGCCGACUACCACAAAUGCGGCCUAAACGGCGUCGUUUACAACUCCAAGGGCUAUCUACUCGCCGUCCAAUCCAACACCGGGAAGCUCUUCAAAGUCGACGUUGAAAACGGCGGCGCCAGGACCGUUCUCCUCAACAAGGACUUAACGGCGGCGGACGGGAUCGCCGUCAGGGGCGACGGCGUCGUGGUGGCGGUUAGCCGCCGGAAACUAUAUUUCCUAAAAAGCCCCGAUAGUUGGAUGGAAGGGGUGGUGUUUGACGAAACUGCCCUCGAAGAAGACCGGCACGCUUCUGCAGUGACGGUGGGGAAUUUGGACAGGGUGUACGUGUUAUAUGGACAUAUCCACGAGGGCAUUAUGGUAAAUGCGGAGAGGGAUGAGUUUGGAAUAAUGGAAAUAGAGUCGGAAAAUGAAAAAAGAGAAGACAAUGUUUGGAUCUUUGUUCUUAUUGGUUUGGGUUUAGCUUAUUUAAUGUUUUGGAGAUUCCAAAUGCGCCAUCUUGUGGAUAGCAUGAACAAGAAAAGACUUUGAUUUUGAUUUUUUUUUUUGGAUUUUGUAAUAUGUAUUAGAAAAGGUUUUGAUUGCUCAGUUAUUAGCUUAUAGGGUUAGUAGUUGAUAGCAUUAGCUGAUGUGUAUAAAAGUGUUUGGUAAAUUAACUGUUAUCUUAUAGUUGAUAACUUGAUAUUGAUUGUUUAA